UGUUUUGUUGUUGUAGUUUUUGUUGUUAUAGUUCUUGUUAAGUUUUUUUUGUUAUCAUUAUGACGGGUAAACCUUUACAUAGCGGAGAAAGAAUCCUCGUGUUAAAAGUGUUAGAGUUUUUUGAAAACGAAAAACGGAACAAACAAACAUGCAUGGCAACGGGAAUAUCGAAAACCACGUUGAUGAGAAUAAAAAACGAAGCCAAGCGCUUACAAAAUACUUCACCGACACCAGGUACUUCUACAAGUUCUACGCCAAUAAGUGAAGUGAAAUUGUCAACACCGGGCAAAAAACGGAAACCAAAGUUUAACCGUAUCCAAUUGGACAGUUUUGAUGAAUGUGCCUUGCGAAAUAUCGUAAAUAGCUUUUACACUGUCAGGAAAGAAAUACCUACUUUAAAUAAAAUAUUAUCUGUGGCUAAAAGAGACCUCAAUUUUCAAGGGCAAAAAACAUAUUUAAGAAAAGUGUUAGUAGACAAAUUAGGCUACGAAUUCAAAAAAUUUAAAGAUAAAAGACAUUUUCUUACUCAAAAACCAGAUAUUCGAGCUUGGCGGGCAAGGUACCUACGACGUCUAAAGGAAAAUGAUGACUUGGGUGCAAGGAAAAAACCAGUCAUUUAUAUAGAUGAGACGUGGAUACAUUCACAAAUGCAAAAGCAACUCGGGUGA